AUGUUCAUGUUAGGAGCGACACCCACGAGGGAAAUGAUUCCGCCGUUGCGUUGGCAGACUGUUGAAUUAUUGGCAAAGGAGCGGGGGCUGGACGAUGGAUUUUAUGAACCGUAUUUGGAUUACCUCAUUGAUGAAAAAGAUGAGGAAGUGGAACACAAGAAACACUGCGAUAUGGACGUUGCUGGUGGUAAGCAAGUCCAGGGAAUGGUUGCUAUGAUAUUCGCGGCUGCUCGCAAAUUCUUGAACCCACCGUAG